AUGAAAUCCUCUCGCCACAAGGGGACUCGUGGCAAACAUCCUGCAAAAAAAUCGGCCUUGGAAGAGCUUGAUCAAAUCAAGAAAAUCUCUAAAGAAGCCAAAUCUCAAAAGCCGAUUUCUUUAUCAUCAUUUCCUUUCCCAGAGAUGGCCACUUCAGCAUUAAAUGGCGAAGGGCCCAUUGUGGAAGCUGCCUCUGCAGAAGGGGCAAAAAAAAAGAAAGCAGUAAAGAAAGGAAAAAUAUUUGCUUCACCGGCGGAAAUAUCUGCCAUCAUAAAUAGAGUGAAUGAAAAAGAAGAUCAAUUGAUUGUUAAAAAGCGAUCCAAGCAAGAGCAAUAUUUUAACAAGGAGAUGCAGAGGCAAACUAGCAGGCUUCAGAAAAAAGGCAAAAAGGAGGAAAGAAUCCAGAAAGGAAAAGAUAUUCUUAAAUCGACCAAUUCCACGCCUUCUACGGCAAGGACGAAAACUCCUUCAAGGAAAGGUGGCCCUUCUCCAAAGAAUAAAGUUUAA